CCCUGGGCCCAUCCUGUGCCACAGACAGUGUCCUGGGCAGCCAGCAGUCCCCUCUCCCACCAGCUGCUGGGACCACCAUGACCCACACCCUCUCUGUCCUGCUGUGCCUUGGGCUGUGUCUGAGCCAGAGGAUGAAAGCACAGGCAUACACACUCCCCAGACCCUCCCUCAGGGCAGAGAAUGGCUCUUUGGUGCCCCAAGGGAAAAGUGUGACCUUCAGGUGCAGAGGGUCAUGGGAUGGUGAUAUGUACAUUCUGGACAAAAAGGAGGGAUCUGAGAGGAAAAGGAGCAUGUCAGUGAACUCAGAUGGAAUGGAGGCCAAGUUUCACAUCCCAUCAGUGUCAGCAUACCAUGCUGGGACCUACUACUGCCUCUACAGACACUCAUUUCUCUGGUCAGAGCCCAGUGACCCCCUGGAGCUGGUGGUGACAGGUCUCUAUGAUCCACCCUCCCUCUCAGCCCUGCCCAGCUCUGUGGUGUCCCCAGGACAUGAUGUGACACUCCACUGUCAGUCAGAGGGUUGGUAUAACAUGUAUGUCUUGUACAAGGAUGGAGAAGAGAUCACCCGCCGCAUGGCCCAGAUCUAUGGAAUGGGGUCACAGGCUACCUUUCAUGUCUCUUCUGGGACCUCUGCCCACAGAGGAACUUACCAAUGCUAUGGCUUUCAAGAUGACAUCCCUCAUGAAUGGUCAUCCCCCAGCAAUGCCCUGGUGCUCAAGGUCACAGGCACCUCAAAGGAUCCUCACCUGCCCCAAAGCCCUGGACAUCCCGAGGCUCUGACAUCCUCCCCACCCAGCACCUUCUCUCCAAGCCAUGAAUCUGGGAACACUCAGUUUGGUCUCACAACAGGCAUCCUGACGGGCAUCUCAGUCUUCCUCAUCCUGUCCUUCCUCUUCCUCUUCCUCCUCCUCUGUCAUCGACGCUGUCGGCAUCAGGCCAGACACAGGAAUGGCAGUAGAGAGGCCGAGGUCAAGAAGACCACCAGGAGCUCUGACACAGAGGGGACACUCCUGGAGGAGACACCAUAUGCUGCUGUGAAUGAUGACAGAGAGACAGAGGACACUGCUGUUCCUAAAAGGGAAGACCCUCAGGAAGUGACCUAUGCCCAGCUGAACCUCCACAGCCUCUGGGCUGGGGCCAAGGACCCUCCCCGCUCUGGGCCAGGGGAGCCCAGCCUCUAUGCUGCCCUUCGAGCAGAGCCCGCCCUGGUCCCACCCUGUGCCUCAGACACUGUUCUGGGCAGCCGGCAGUCCCUUCCCCCACCAGCCACUGGGACCACCAUGACCCACAGCCUCUCUGUCUUGCUGUACCUUGGGCUAUGUCUGAGCCAGAGGAUGAGGGCACAGGCAGACACAUUCCCGAAGCCCUCCCUCAGGGCAGAGAAUGGUUCUUUGGUGCCCCAAGGGAGAAGUGUGACCCUCAGGUGCCGGGGGUCUUUAGAGGCUAAUAACUACCGUCUGGAGAAAGACCAAAGGUCUACAACGAUAGUGAUAAUGGAUGUGAAACCCUCUGGAAUAGAGGGCAAGUUUCACAUCCCAGUAGUGACAAUGAAUGAUGCAGGGACCUACUACUGCCACUACAAACACUCAUCCUUCUGGUCAGAGCGCAGUGACCCCCUGGAGCUGGUGGUGACAGGCUGGUAUGAUCCACCCUCCCUCUCAGCCAUGCCCAGCCCCGUGGUGGCCUCAGGACACAGUGUGACCCUCCAGUGUCAGUCACAGCAAUCGUAUGGCAGGUAUGCCCUGUACAAGGAUGGAGAAGAGAUCAGCAGGGACCUGACCCAGGCCCAUGGAAGGGGUUCCCAGGCCAAUUUCCUCAUCCCAGCUGUGAACUCUACCCACGAAGGGACUUACCGAUGCUACAGCUUUUACCACGACUACCCUUAUGUGUGGUCAGCCCCCAGUGAUCCCCUGGUGCUCAGGGUCACAGGGACCUUCUCUCCAAGCCCUAAAUCUUCAAACAUGUUAUUUGGUGAGGUGUGCAUUACUGAGAUGGGAAGAGAAGAGACAUCCACUCUUCUGGUAGCAGAGCCCGCCCUGGUCCCACCCUGUGCCUCAGACACUGUCCUGGGCAGUCGGCAGUCCCUUCUCCCACCACCUACUGGGACCACCAUGACCCACAGCCUCUCUGUCCUGCUGUACCUUGGGCUGUGUCUGAGCCAGAGGAUGAGGGCACAGGCAGACACAUUCCCGAAGCCCUCCCUCAGGGCAGAGAAUGGUUCUUUGGUGCCCCAAGGGAGAAGUGUGACCCUCAGGUGCCGGGGGUCUUUAGAGGCUGAUAACUACCGUCUGGAGAAAGACCAAAGGUCUACAAGGAUAGUGACAAUGGAUGUGAAACCCUCUGGAAUAGAGGGCAAGUUUCACAUCCCAGUAGUGACAAUGAAUGAUGCAGGGACCUACUACUGCCACUACAAACACUCAUCCUUCUGGUCAGAGCGCAGUGACCCCCUGGAGCUGGUGGUGACAGGCCAGUAUGUUCCACCCUCCCUCUCAGCCAUGCCCAGCCCCGUGGUGGCCUCAGGACACAAUGUGACCCUCCAGUGUCAGUCACAGCAAUGGUAUGGCAUGUAUGCCCUGUACAAGGAUGGAGAAGAGAUCAGCAGGGACCUGACCCAGGCCCAUGGAAGGGGUUUACAAGCCAAUUUCCUCAUCCCAGCUGUGAACUCCACCCACGAAGGGACUUACCGAUGCUACAGCUUUUACCAUGACUACCCUUAUGUGUGGUCAGCCCCCAGUGACCCCCUGGUGCUCAGGGUCACAGGGACCUUCUCUCCAAGCCCUAAAUCUUCAAACAUGUUAUUUGGUCUCACAGCAGGCAUCCUGACGGGCAUCUCAGUCUUCCUCAUCCUCUUCUUCCUCUUCCUCUUCCUCUUCCUCUGCCAGAGACGCCGUCGGCAUCAGGCCAGACUCAGAAAUGGCAGUAGAGAGGCCGAGGUCAAGAAGACCAACAGGAGCUCUGACCCAGAGGAGAUCCCCCUGGAGGAGACACCUUAUGCUGCUGUGAAUGAUGGCAAACAGACAGAGCACAUGGUUGCUCCCAAAAGGGAAGACCCUCAGGAAGUGACCUACGCCCAGCUGAAUCUCCAGAGCCUCCAGGCCGGGGCUGGAGACACUCCCCGCUCUGGACCAGGGGAGUCCAGCCUCUAUGCUCCCCUGCAGUGAUCUCAGCCUGAGCCCAGGGGACCCCAGAAGGAAGCAGCCCCUCCCCAUUCAGCCUCUGCUUUCUGAGGGCAGAACCUGUCCUAUCCAGUCAGGCAGAUACCCAGAUGUUAGGACCCCAAGGAGAAAGGCAUAUAGGACUCCAAACUUCUAGGAAUAAGGGCCCUCUCUCCUGACCUCUGGCACAGAGAGGCCUUUGUUCCGGGUAGAAUAUGUACCUUGCAAUGCCAGGCCACCAGCCCAGGGGCACACCAGUCAUUGAACACUGAUUAGGAGUUCUCUAGGUCCUGCCCAUGAUGGGUCUAUCAGUACACUAAGGGGCAGAGAUGCUGUUUAGUAGAGGCCAGAGAGCCCCCCUACCUCCAGAGGAGGAGAGGGAAGGAGAGGAGGAGGAAGAGGAGGAAUGAAACAGGUUCUUACGAGGCACCUACUAUGUGCCAGGCUCUGUGCUAAGCACUUUACAAAGAUGAUCCCAUAUGAUCCUCACAGCUACCUUGGGAGACACCUGCUAUCGUCACCACCGUUUUACAGUUUGGGAAACAGAGGCAGAUAGAGGUUAAGGAAGGAGACAGGAGAGGACAGGAGAGGAGGGGUGGGGGAGGAAGGGAGUCUGUAAGGGCAUUUCCAUCAAUGGGGCGAUGGCUGAGCAAACAGUGGGAUAGGGAUGUGCAUAAUGGAACCUUAUUACACCAUGAGAAAUGAUGCAAAAAGUGAUUUCAGAGAAUUCUGGGUAGCAUGAACUGACACAGGGCAAAGCGAGCAGAAUCAGGAGAAUGAUGUGCACCAGGACAAUAAAAUUAUAAAGGAAAAUAACAACGAAAGACCAAAGAAUUCUGAGCAGGGCAAUGACUAAGCAUGACUUCAGAAGAGGUCAGAUGAAGGCUAUGACUACGUGCUGGUAGAGAGGUGGUAGACACCGAGUACAGAAAAGGACAUACUUUGGGUCACACUCAUUUCAUGGAUUGGUUUUGCUUAAUUUGACUUACUUGAUACAAAGUUGUAACUUUUUUCUUUCUC